GGAACCAUGGAGACUAUCGCCACCAACACUGGAUUAACUUCUGUUUUUUCUCAUGGAGACAAUGUGACUCAGCACUCCGGUCGUUUGUGGAGACCAUGGACUGGAACAAAGGACAACACUGCCGCACACAAGACUCUCUCUAUUCACGGAGACCUUUCCUCUGCACACCCAAAAACUCCACAGGUCAUUCACCCAGUGAAGCUUUACUGGCCGAAAUCGAGAUGUUUCGAUUAUCUGUACCAGGAUGCAGAAAUGCUCCUGCGCAACUAUCCGGUCCAAGCGACCAUCUGCCUCUACGAAGACUCCAGCAGCGAUGAAGACAGCGACGAUGAAGAGGAGGAGAUGGAAAAAGAGCUGAACUAAAUGUGGCUCUCUAAAGCCCUUUACAGCGAAUUGCUGCAUCAUCUGAUAAUAUAUUUCUUUUAAUUUAUUACUGUAAAUAUAAUGUAAAUAGGCCUUUUGUCACUUCUAUACCAAACAGGAAUGUGAAUG